GCUGGCUCUCCCGAGAGUCCUGUUCCAGACUUCUCGGGGUUUUGACAGCAGACAACUGCAUGCGGGCCAGUCGGGGAGGCUGACAAGGACUUGUGUGUGUUGUUUUAUUGCCUUCAUCACUUAGCUGGCCUCAUCCCAGAGCCGUGGGCCCGCAGGUUCCUGGCGGAUCCCUUUCUGCCGAAGCCUGCCGCUGAAAGGAAGGCGCCUUCUCCUUCUGUUGACUCUAUUUUUAUGGUUUAAGUUUGUCUAUUCAUGGGGCUGAAAAGUGUUUGCAAAUCCAUCAACGGCGAAGUGUGUCAAGCCGCCCAAGGUCACGUCGCCUGCCCGUGGUCAGGCAUUCCUCAUUCCCAUCAAGCAGAAGGUCAAUAAAAAUGGAAGCCAGCUCUUCUGGAAUUACCAAUGGCAAAGCGAGAGUCUUCCACCCAGAAGGAGGUGUGGAUUUGCAAGGAUACCAGCUGGAUAUGCAAAUACUACCUGACGGACCAAAGAGUGAUGUGGACUUUUCAGAGAUUCUUAAUGCAAUACAAGAAACAUUUACUUUGCUUCUAGUGGCCAAGGACGUCAAUAUUCUUUUUGAUGAAUUAGAAACUGUAAACACUCCUUGCAAAGAUGACGAUUCCCUUCUUCACCCUGGAAACCUGACCAGUACUUCAGAGGAUGUUAGCAGAUUGGAAGCAGAGGGAGAGACUGUACCAGAAAAACACAAAUCAAAUGGCCUUUACUUCAGAGAUGGAAAGUGUCGAAUUGACUACAUUCUUGUAUACAGAAAAUCCAGCCCCCAGACUGAAAAGAGAGAAGUAUUUGAAAGAAAUAUAAGAGCAGAAGGGUUACAAAUGGAGAAAGAGUCCUCUGUAAUAAAUAGUGACAUUAUCUUUGUGAAGUUGCAUGCCCCAUGGGAGGUGCUUGGAAGAUACGCAGAACAAAUGAAUGUAAGAAUGCCUUUCAGGAGAAAAAUCUAUUACCUGCCCCGUCGGUACAAGUUCAUGAGCAGGAUCGAUAAGCAAAUAAGCAGGUUUCGGAGAUGGUUACCUAAGAAGCCAAUGAGGCUGGACAAGGAGACACUGCCCGACCUGGAGGAGAACGACUGCUACACGGCCCCUUUCAGCCAGCAGCGCAUCCACCACUUCAUCAUACACAACAAAGAUACAUUCUUCAACAAUGCUACAAGAAGUAGAAUUGUACAUCACAUUUUACAAAGAAUAAAGUAUGAAGAAGGAAAAAACAAAAUUGGUUUGAAUCGUUUGCUUACCAAUGGCUCCUAUGAAGCUGCAUUUCCUUUGCACGAGGGAAGUUACAGAAGUAAGAACUCCAUAAGAACCCAUGGAGCAGAAAACCACCGACAUCUGCUUUACGAGUGCUGGGCCUCCUGGGGCGUGUGGUAUAAAUACCAGCCUUUGGAUCUUGUGAGGCGAUACUUUGGAGAGAAGAUCGGAUUGUAUUUUGCCUGGUUGGGCUGGUACACUGGCAUGCUCUUCCCAGCAGCCUUCAUUGGAUUGUUUGUCUUUUUGUAUGGAGUCAUUACUCUGGAUCACUGCCAAGUCAGUAAAGAAGUCUGCCAAGCUACUAAUAUCAUCAUGUGUCCUGUGUGUGAUAAAUACUGUCCAUUCAUGAGACUUUCAGACAGCUGCCUUUAUGCCAAGGUAACCCACCUCUUUGACAAUGGCGCCACUGUCUUCUUUGCUGUUUUCAUGGCAGUCUGGGCAACAGUGUUCCUGGAAUUCUGGAAAAGACGGCGAGCCGUCAUUGCUUAUGACUGGGAUUUGAUAGACUGGGAAGAAGAGGAGGAAGAAAUACGGCCCCAAUUUGAAGCCAAGUAUUCCAAGAAAGAACGAAUGAAUCCUAUUUCUGGAAAGCCAGAACCAUAUCAAGCAUUUGCAGAUAAAUGCAGCAGACUUAUUGUUUCUGCUUCAGGAAUAUUUUUUAUGAUAUGCGUAGUCAUUGCUGCUGUUUUCGGGAUUGUCAUUUACCGGGUGGUGACCGUCAGCACUUUUGCUGCUUUCAAGUGGGCGUUAAUCAGAAAUAACUCUCAGGUCGCAACUACAGGGACUGCUGUGUGUAUCAACUUCUGUAUCAUUAUGCUGCUGAACGUGCUCUAUGAAAAAGUUGCUCUUCUUUUGACAAAUUUAGAACAGCCUCGCACGGAGUCUGAGUGGGAAAACAGCUUCACCCUGAAAAUGUUUCUUUUUCAGUUUGUCAAUCUGAAUAGCUCCACGUUCUACAUCGCAUUCUUCCUUGGAAGAUUUACAGGACACCCAGGUGCCUACUUGAGAUUGAUCAACAGGUGGAGACUAGAAGAGUGCCACCCUAGCGGAUGCCUUAUUGAUCUCUGUUUGCAAAUGGGUAUUAUAAUGGUGCUAAAGCAGACCUGGAAUAAUUUUAUGGAACUUGGCUACCCGUUAAUUCAGAAUUGGUGGACUAGAAGAAAAGUAAGACAAGAACAUGGGCCUGAAAGAAAAAUCAAUUUCCCACAGUGGGAAAAAGACUACAACCUUCAGCCGAUGAAUGCCUAUGGACUCUUUGAUGAAUACUUGGAAAUGAUUCUCCAAUUUGGAUUCACAACUAUCUUUGUGGCAGCUUUUCCCUUAGCACCACUUCUGGCCUUACUGAAUAACAUAAUUGAAAUUCGACUUGAUGCUUACAAAUUUGUCACACAGUGGAGGAGACCUUUAGCUUCAAGGGCCAAAGACAUAGGAAUCUGGUAUAGCAUUCUUGAAGGCAUUGGCAUUCUUUCCGUUAUUACAAAUGCAUUUGUCAUAGCGAUAACAUCUGACUUUAUUCCUCGCUUGGUGUAUGCUUAUAAGUAUGGACCUUGUGCAGGCCAAGGAGAAGCUGGGCAAAAGUGCAUGGUAGGCUAUGUGAAUGCCAGCUUGUCUGUGUUCCGAAUUUCUGAUUUUGAAAACCGAUCUGAGCCUGAAUCUGAUGGCAGCGAAUUCUCUGGAAUCCCUCUCAAGUACUGCAGAUACCGUGACUAUCGAGACCCUCCUCAUUCUCUGGUUCCCUAUGGGUACACGCUGCAGUUUUGGCAUGUCCUUGCAGCACGGCUGGCUUUUAUCAUUGUGUUUGAGCAUCUCGUGUUUUGCAUCAAGCACCUCAUUUCCUAUCUGAUCCCAGACCUCCCAAAAGACCUAAGGGAUCGAAUGAGAAGAGAAAAAUACUUGAUUCAGGAGAUGAUGUAUGAGGCUGAACUGGAGCGCCUCCAGAAAGAGCGAAAGGAGAGGAAGAAGAAUGGAAAAGCACAUCACAAUGAGUGGCCCUAAUCAGGUAAUAAUUCACUUCCAGGCCACAGACCUAGAUUCUGUUUACUUCGCCCAGCUGUGCAAAAGCACAUCCAAGUGAAUGACUCCAGUGCAACCGCAGUGCAUGCCGCAGACCUCAGCAGCAGCGGGGGCUCGCACCUGAUGGCCACUGCCUGGGAAGCCACACGGCUGUGAAGUCACAUUGCAGUGUAGCACACACUUGCUCUCACCCUUAGAUCAUUCCUGACCAAGCAAGCAUGCACAUCAUGGGCAGUUAUCGUCUCAAGUUUUUAAAACCAAGGGAAACUUGUAUACUGGGCCUGUUUUUCAGCCUAUUUGCUACCUUUUUUGCAUUUGAUCCUGUGUGAAUUUUACAAACACUGGGCUAUUAAAAAAAAAGGAUAUUUGGACACCUGGACUCACAUUCCUAGAAUGUACUCAUCUGGUCCUAAUUCCAUGUCACCAAAUGACACAAACAAGACCCUGUUUACAACUUAUUUGUUCUUGUUAUUUUGUUAUUUUUUUUUAGUUCUAAAUCUUUCUGAGGAGAUUAUUCUAUAUGAUGUAUCUAUAGCUAUGUAUGGCCAUAGAUGUAUUUCUGUGUGUACAUAUGUACAGUAUAUUCUUACAUGUGUACAUAGAAAUACAAAGAUAUAUAAAAUACAUAGAAAUUCCUUGUAAAUAUCCAAAAGGUACUGACAUGAAUGAUGGAUUUUCACAUUUAAAUAGUCAACAUGAAGCCAUGUUUAAUGCUUGUAUAAUGUGAUGCAAUAAAAUUUAAAAUAAAUUU